AUGUUGAUUGCCUUUCUUAUUAUUUGCAGUUUGAUUGUGGGAACUCAAUCCGCUGCCACUGUGACAUCUCAACUUCAAAUGGAAGCAAAUGCUAUAUCGAAUAGUGGAUGGUGGAACACCUCUGAUGCACGAUUCAAUAUCUCUGAUCGUUGUAAUUGGCAUGAUAUAUGUUGCAACGAUGAUGGAAGCAUAAAAGCUAUCAACAUAGACCCUUGGAGAUCUCCACUUGCAACACCCAACUUGUCUACUCUCAACUAUUCUACUUUUAACAAUUUAGAAAGACUUGUUAUAAGGUCAGCUGAACUAGAAGGGACUAUGCCAAAUGAAAUUGGUCAUCUCUCUAAGCUCACUUAUCUUGAUCUGUCUAACAAUUAUAUUGAAGGUCAGGUACCUCAUUCACUAGGAAAUCUCUCCAUGCUCACUCAUCUUGAUCUGUCUGGCAUUUAUCUUCUAGGUCCAGUACCUACUUCACUAGGACAUCUCUCCAAGCUCACUCAUCUUGAUCUAUCGCGCAAUCAUUUUGAAGGUCGGAUACCUCCUUCACUAGGAAAUCUCUCCAAGCUCACUCAUCUUGAUUUGUCUGCCAAUUAUCUUAAAGGUCUAUCUAACAAUAGUUUCAAAGGUGAGAUACCUUCUUCACUAGGAAAUCUCAAACAAUUACAGAAGCUAGACAUCUCUCACAACUACAUUGAAGGUUAUAUUCCUUUUGAGUUGCGGUUCCUCAAAAAUCUAACUAGAUUAGACAUCUCUCACAACAACCUUAAAGGUUCCAUUCCUCAUGAGUUGGGGUUCUUGGAAUAUCUCUCUUCAUUAGAUCUAUCUCACAAUAGACUUAAUGGUAACCUGCCUACUUUUCAAACAUAUCUUACUGAUUAUGUAAUUUACGUAGACUUCCGUCACAACCUCAUUAGUGGUCAAAUCCCUUCUCAUAUUGGAUUUUAUUGGUCACUUAAUUUAAGCAAUAAUAAUCUCACUGGAACAAUUCCCCAAUCUCUCUGUAAUUUAUUCAAUUAUUAUGUGGACAUUUCAUACAAUUGUUUGGAGGGUCCCAUUCCAAAUUGUCUUGAUCAUAUGGAAAAUUCUGAUGUAUGUUCAUUUAACAAAUUCCAGCCUUGGUCACCACACAAGAAAAAUAAUAAAUUAAAGCACAUUGUUGUCAUUGUUCUUCCGAUCCUUAUUAUUCUAGUCAUAGUCUUCUUACUUCUCAUAUGUUUAAAUCGUCAUCAUCAUUCUUCUGAGAAGUUGCAUGGAAACUCAACAAAAACAAAGAAUGGAGAUAUGUUUUGUAUAUGGAAUUAUGAUGGGAAAAUAGCAUAUGAUGACAUCAUCAAAGCAACAGAAGACUUUGACAUGAGAUAUUGCAUUGGAACAGGAGCAUAUGGAAGUGUUUACAAGGCACAAUUACCAUGUGGCAAGGUUGUUGCCUUAAAGAAACUUCACGGCUAUGAAGCUGAGGUUCCAUCUUUUGAUGAGAGUUUCAGAAAUGAAGUGAGAAUAUUAUCAGAAAUAAAGCACAAACAUAUCGUGAAGCUUUAUGGAUUCUGCUUGCACAAAAGAAUCAUGUUUUUGAUAUAUCAAUACAUGGAGAAAGGAAGCUUGUUCUCUGUCUUGUAUGAUGAUGUGGAAGCUGUGGAAUUCAAUUGGAGAAAAAGGGUUAACACUGUUAAAGGAGUUGCAUUUGCUCUAUCUUAUCUUCAUCAUGAUUGCAAUGCUCCAAUAGUGCAUAGAGAUGUAUCUAGUAGCAAUAUAUUUGUUAACUCUGAGUGGCAGGCUAGUGUUUGUGACUUUGGCACAGCUCGACUCCUUCAAUAUGAUUCAUCCAAUCGAACUAUAGUUGCUGGAACUAUUGGAUAUAUUGCUCCUGAGCUUGCCUAUACUAUGGUUGUGAAUGAAAAGUGUGAUGCAUAUAGUUUUGGUGUUGUAGCACUUGAAACUUUAGUUGGAAGGCAUCCUGGAGAUUUACUGUCAUCACUUCAGUCAACAUCGACACGAAGUGUCAAACUAUGUCAAGUAUUAGACCAGCGUCUUCCACUUCCAAAUAAUGACAUAGUUAUACGUGACAUAAUUCAUGUUGUCGUGGUUGCAUUUGCAUGCUUAAAUAUCAAUCCUCAUUCUCGACCAACAAUGAAACGUGUGUCACAAAGUUUUGUCACUGAACUUACACCAUUAAGCAUUCCUUUGAGUGAAAUUUCAGUGCAACAACUAAUGAGUGAAGAACUCAAUGCAUUAUUUUAUAUUGAGAACCCUUGA